AUGGUAAUCUAUCUAUCUAUCUAUCUAUCUAUCUAUCUAUCUAUCUAUCUAUCUUCUCUGAUCAUCUAUCUAUCUAUCUAUCUAUCUAUUCAAAUUUUUUUUUUUCCACCUCUCUAUUUCCACCUCUCUCUCUUUUCACGUCUCUCUUUCCACCUCUCUGCCAUUGCGGGGGUGGUUCUUUCCCUCUAUUCUCUUUCUACUCAAUAUCCUUCCACCUAUUGUCGUUUAUUCCCAGUUUUCCUUCUAUUGUCCUUUCUCCUCGAUAUCAUUCCUUCUAUUGAUCUUUCAAUUCAGUAUCGUUUCAUCUAUUGUCAUUUCCGCUCAAUUUUCUUCUUUUUAAUGUCCUUAUCCCCCGUUUCCUUCCCAUUAUUUUUCGUCUUUCUCAGUUUUAUUUUUUCGAAUAUACUUUCUCUUCAGUUUCCUCCCAUCUAUUGUCAUUCUUCCUCAGUUAUUUUCCCUCAAUUUUCCUUUCUUCUCACUAUCCUUCCCUCAACUUUCCUUUCUUCUCACUAUCCUUCCCUCUAUUUUCCUUUCUUCUCACUAUCCUUCCCUCAAUUUUUCCUUUCUUCUCAAUAUCCUUCCCUCAAUUUUUCCUUUUCUUCUCACUAUCCUUCCCUCUAUUUUCCCUUUCUUCUCACUAUCCUUCCCUCAAUUUUCCUUUCUUCUCACUAUCCUUCCCUCUAUUUUCCUUUCUUCUCACUAUCCUUCCCUCAAUUUUCCUUUCUUCUCACUAUCCUUCCCUCUAUUUUCCUUUCUUCACACUAUCCUUCCCUCAAUUUUCCUUUCUUCUCACUAUCCUUCCCUUUUUAUUUUCCUUUUCUUCUCACUAUCCUCCCCUCAAUUUUCCUUUCUUCUCACUAUCCUCCCCUCAAUUUUCCUUUCUUCUCACUAUCCUUCCCUCAAUUUUCCUUUCUUCUCACUAUCCUUCCCUCUAUUUUCCUUUCUUCUCACUAUCCUUCCCUCUAUUUUCCUUUCUUCUCACUAUCCUUCCCUCAAUUUUCCUUUCUUCUCACUAUCCUUCCCUCUAUUUUCCUUUCUUCUCAGUUCCCUUCUUCUAUUGUCGUUCUCUUAUGUUUCCUUCCCUGUAUUGUUCUUUCUACUCGCUAUGCAACCCUCUUUUCUGCUUGGUAUCCUUCUCUCCAUUGUCCUUUCUCCUUAGGUUCCUUCCCACUAGUGUUCUUACUGCAAAGUAUUUUACUUUCUUUUCAGUUAUUUUCCAUCUAUUUUUCUUUCUCCUCACUUUGUUACUCCUUGUACUUCUCCUCAGAUUCUUCCCAUCUGUUGUCCUUUCUCCUCAGAUUCUUUACAUCUAUUGUCCUUUCUCCUCAGAUUCUUCCCAUCUAUUGUCCUUUCUCCUCAGAUUCUUCCUAUCUAUUGUCCUUUCUCCUCAGAUUCUUCCCAUCUAUUGUCCUUUCUCAUCGGAUUAUUCCCAUCUAUUGUCCUUUCUCCUCAGAUUCUUCCUAUCUAUUGUCCUUUCUCCUCAGAUUCUUCCCAUCUAUUGUGCUUUCUCCUCAGAUUCUUCCCAUCUAUUGUCCUUUCUCCUCAGAUUCUUCCCAUCUAUUGUCCUUUCUCAUCGGAUUAUUCCCAUCUAUUGUCCUUUCUCCACAGAUUCUUCCUAUCUAUUGUCCUUUCUCCUCAGAUUCUUCCCAUCUAUUGUCCUUUCUCCUCAGAUUCUUCCCAUCUAUUAUCCUUUCUCCUCAGAUUCUUCCCUUCUACUGUCCUUUCUCCCCAGCUUCCUUUCCCCAGUUAUCCUUCUCUUCAGUUUCAUUCCAUUUAUUUUCCUUUAUUCUCAGUUUCCUUCCCUCUAUUCUCGUUUCUCCUCAGUUUUCUUCAUACUGUUGUCCGCCUCUGUUUCAUUCCCUCUUUUGUUUAUCUUCUCAUUUUCCUUUAUCCUCAGUUUCCUCCCGUCUAUUGUCAUUUUUUCUCAUUUUCUUUUUCCUAUUUACCCGCCAUUUCUGCUUUCUUCCUUUUAUUUUCCUUUAUCCUCCAUUCUAUCGUCUCAGUUUCCUUCCCUCUAUUGUGCUUUAUUCUCAGUUAUUUUCCCCUUUACUUUACUUUCUCUUCAGUUUCUUUCCCUCUAUUCCCGUUUCUCCUCAGUAUCCACCCCACCUCUAUUGUUCUUCCUCUUCAGUUGUCCUUGAUCUUUACUUCCCUGUCCGUCUUUUCAGUUUCCUUCAUUAUAUUGUCCCUUUUCUCACUUUCUCUUCAUCUAUUUUCUUUCAGUUUCCUUCCCUCUGUAGUCCUUUCUUCUCAGUUUCAUAUCUUCUAUUGUCUUUCCACCUCAGUAUCAUUCCCCUAAUUGUCGUUUCUGCUUUCUUGCCAUAUCCUUCAAUCUAUUGUCCUUCUCCUCAGUUUAUUUCCCUCGAUUAUUCUUUCUUCUCAGUACCCUUCCAUGUAUUGUCCUUUCCCCCCAGUUUCUUCCCCUCAAUUGUCCUUUCUCUACAGUUUCCUUUCUUGUAUUGUCCUUCUCCUCAGUUUAUUUCCCUCUGUUGUUCUUCUCCUCAGUUUUUUUUUCUCGUCUAUUCUCCUUUCCCUUCAGUUUCCUGCCCUCUAUUCUCCUUCCUCUUCAGUAUCCUUCACACAAUUAUCCGUUCUCCUUAG